GGUUUACGGAUUGUGUUGUUUCAGAUUGUCUAAUAAAAGAAACCAAGAAUCUUUAGUGAAAAUUUAAUAAUGUCCAAACGUAAACAUGCUCCGGAAAAUACCGAACCGAAGCCCAGUCUGGAUUGGAACAUCAACGACUACCGAACGCGCUACGAGCCGGAAGAACAUUGGGACCUUCGGCGCAUUUUCAUGGAGCGACAUCAGCACUGUAUUCCGGAGGACGAACUUGUCUGUUUGGCCCAAGUGUUUGUCAAUGUAGAAUUACUACACUGUCGCUAUCCUCCAGAAACGAUGGAACGUCUCAAGGAACUGUCGGAGGGGGUCGCCAAUGAGUAUCGAGCUUCCAGAAGAAAUAAACUGCAGCGAACGUUCGUUUCGGCUUCGAAUGCUGCUGCAUCCAAAGUACAGCGAAAAGGACCGGAAGAUCAGGUUUCUCACAGCGGUACUCAACUGAGAACAGAAUACUCAAGAAAAUUUAAGCGCGUGCAACAGAUGCUAAGCAUGGAAGAUGUUUACAAUAAUAUUGUGCUAAUGAACAACGACUAUGAACAGACGAAAUUGGAAUUUAAUCGCUUCAAUACAAUGCAGAUGCAGCUUCACAUGUCGAGAAAUGCAGACGGAAGAAUCUUGGGCCAAAUAAAGGUGGGAACGAUUGUACUGGCUGAAGCGAUAGGCGAUGCGGAUAAGCCGGUUAGAAAAGAUGUAAAGACCUCAUUCCUGAAAAAGAUGGAUAAACAUUGCUACAAAAUUGUUCGAAAAAAGCAAUCCGUCAAUCUAGACAACAAAAGCGUCGAACGUAAGGAAAUCGACGGAACAGUAGACCACCGGGGAAUAAAGAUAGUUGAUGAUUUCAAGGAAAAGAAAAUCGAUGAAAGCAAUUUGGGAUUUAAGUUGCUUCAGAAGCUUGGUUGGAGUGGAGGUUCAUUAGGAUCUAGGAAUGAGGGAAUAGUUGAUCCCAUCAAUUGUCAGAUCAAGAUAGGACGUCGAGGACUUGGUGGUGCAUCUGCUGAAACGACGAAACAAAACAAGCAAACCGGCAAAAUUGAUACCCGAAACGAAACCUAUGAAAUUGAUAUCAACUUCUAUCGGAGAACUAUGCAGAAUUUUCGAGACAAUGGCUUUGAAUACGACUUAGUAUUCAGCAAUGAAUUUACUAAGGAAGAACGCGCAUUAUUUCACAGUAUGGCUCUGAAGUUGCAAUUAAAGACGCGCAGCUUUGGCAGUGAUAAAGAUGGAACCAGGCAAUUUGUUUUACUUGGACGUAAAAUGGCACCACACGACUUACUAGAGCGCAUCCUUGUAGAAAAAGACCCCAUUUUUUGUGAAAUGUACAGCGUAGCAGCACCCGGAUCUGAGAAAAAGAGUGAUUAGAUCGUUUCAUAUAUUAAAAAUGUGUUUAAGGAUAGUCCAUAAAUAUACAUUAGUCGUACUCUUCACAGUUA